AUGAGAGCAACAGCCUUUGUCCUGCUCUUGGCUCUGGCACUUGCAAUGAUGUUCAGUAUAGAAUGUGCCACACAGAGGCAACAGGUUGAUUGCAGUUAUUAUAAAAAGUUACCAAAAGGAGAAGAGAUAUUUUGUAGUGCAAUAUAUGACCCAAUUUGUGGAUCUGAUGGGAAAACUUAUAACAAUGAUUGCUUAUUUUGUACUAAAGUUAGGAGAACAGACAACAAGCUUAAAUUUGUACAUUUUGGAAAAUGUUGA